CACAUAGUGGAGCGGCGAGUUGACUCCCGCGACUGGGAGGAGAAAAGAGUUUAGUCGACAAAAUGCUAUCAGAUAGUGAUGACGAGUAUUUAUUGGAGAACAGUGCCCUCAAAGUUUUAUGUGUUAAAGGUGUUAGGAGUUGUGCUGUGCAUCCAUUGAACGAAAAACGUGAUACUUUAGGUGAAUACCAUCACCUAUUUCCCCAAUUAAAGGAGUAUCCUGAUCAGUUCUUUCAAUACACCAGGAUGGAGUACAGUACCUUUCAGUUCAUUUUAAACCAUAUUCAACCUCAAAUGGUAACAAAAUUCACUAAUUUCGUCAAGCAGCCUAUUGAACCUGAGGAGAAGCUGGUUAUAACAUUGAGGGUAGCCAAAAUGCUAAAUGGGAAAGUCAAUGGUAUAACGAUGGGGUUCAUGAACAUCUUCGGAUUUCAAUUAGGCCUAUGCAUUUUCUUGAUAUUUUCUGUGGAGGCAAAAGAUAUCGCCCUAAAAAUGAGAUAUGUCAUCCGCUACUGCUUUGUAUUUGGAAUAUUAUUUAUAUGUACAAGGAAAUGUCAGAAAAUAAAAGAUAAGAGUCAAGAGUUACGUGAUGCAGUAUACGGGAGUUCAUGGACCGAUAAACCAAGAUGGCUGCGUAAGUCUCUCACUGUCAUGAUAACUAUGGCCAAUAAGGAUCUGCAAAUUUCGCCCUAUGGAAUAUAUGUCCUAGACAUGAGCUACAUGACCAAUAUUAUCAAGGCUUCAUAUACAUACUUCAACAUAUUGAAUACUCUGAAAGCUUGAGUAAAUCUACAAGUAGGUAAGAUCUAGAAUACAAUCUACUUGCAACUGCGGUUGUUACCAACCAUUUGACCAUGUGUAAUCCAAUUUUCAUAAAAAUGAUGG